AUGCGAGCGGCAGGCGAGCUCGCGGCAGCUGGAGUGGGUCACGUCCCUGCGGGGCCUGGACGACCACGUCUGGUCCCUGAGCAGGUCCCUGCAGGACUUGCUGCGCGGCCGCGCCCACGCCCGGGGCCUGGAGCCCGCGGCGGCCGGCUCGCCGGGCGGCCCCGCCGCGACGCCCGGCGGCGAGGAGCAGGAACCGAGCUGCGGCUGCUGCAGGCGGACGGCGAGGGCCCCGGCCUCCCGAGGCAGCAGCGAGGCGGCAGCUCGAACGAACGGCUGGCGCAGCUGCAGGGCCAGGCCGGGAACCUGGCCCGGGCAGCUGCGGACGCGCGAGGCCCAGGCGCGCUCGAGCCGCAGGUGCUCAGCCGCUGCGACGAGCUCCGCGACCACCUGUCCACGCUCGAAGCAGGGAUGACGAGCAUGGCCGAGCGGCUGAGGUUCCAGGAGCAGCAGGUCGCCCAGUUGUCCAGCCGGCUGCCAGAGCUCGUCGGCACCGGGCCGCCGCGGCGGGACGAGGUCCUGGAGGCGCUCAGCGGCAGCGUGGAGCGCCUGAGCAGGCGGCUCGCCGAGCAGCGCGUCGUAGAGCCCGCGGGGCUCGGGCCCGCGCUUGCCGCAGAGCACGCCGCCGCGGCGGACCUUGCCCCCGCCCAGGAGCUGCAGCAGCUGCGCGCCAGCCUCCUCCGCAUCGAGCGGCGGUGCUCGGAGCUGCAGGCGCGCGUGGACGCGCAGGCCGAGGCCGUCCGGCGCUCCGCGCUCGCUUUCGCCGCUGGCGUCGGCGCCACGCCUUGGGCUGGGCCUGAGUCGGCGGAGCCACCUCUGGUGCCAGCGGCAACGUCCGCCGCAGGCCCCUGGGCCCGGGGGGUGGUCCUGCCGCCUCCAGCGCCAGCGGCGGCUGCGGAGCAGGCGCCCUCCGAGCCGGCCGUGGGCUCGUUGCAGCUGGAGCCGCCCGGCGCCUGCACGCCAGGCGGCGAGCCCGACCCGCUGCGCCGGCUCAGCGAGCCCUGCGGCGUGGGCGGCAGCAGCGGCGGCGGCCUCGGCGGUGGCUGCGAGGGCGGCGGCUGCGGCAGCGGCGGCGGGAGUUUCGGCGACGGCAGCGGCAGCCUCGGCAGCGCCAGGGCGAGGAGCCUCGCCGGCAGCGGCGGCAUCGGCGGGCGCCUUGGCCUCGCCGGCCUCGGCGAGAGCCUCGGCCUCGGUGGCCGGCGCCUCUUCGGCGCUGGAGCUGGAGGGCACGGCUUCGGAGGGGGCGGCCUCGGCUUCGGCGGCAGCCUCGGCGGCAGCACUGGGGCCUCCGCCGAUGCUUGGGCGGCGGACGCGCCAGGGAGCGGGGGCUCGUGCGCGGCCUCGCCGCGCGGCGGGCUGGGCGACUGGGGCGAGCCGCGGCCCGCGUGGCCGGAGUGGCGGCUGGGGGGCAGGAGCUGA